AUGGACCGACGGGCUCUGGAACCGGGCCUAGUCAAUUCGGCUCGCCGCAAAACUUCCACAGUCGAGGAGGGUUUCGCGGUGGGAGAGGUUAUCACGACGGAGGGCGGAGAGAACCCGAGGACCGGCCGAAAGCCAAGCAUCCCAUACCUGGAGCAGGUUUUAAAGGGUGUGAUUGAAUUUGAUCGUCUCGAGCGCGAGAAGAAAGAGAGAAAGGAACGAGGUGAACCCGAAGAACUGCCGAAGAAAGAAUCGCCUAAACCCCAGGACAGUGUGAAUCCCCAAACGGAAACAGAGCAAAACGAAGAAGCCCGGCCGUUAGAUUAUGACGAGGAAUACGAAGAGGUCGAAGUCACAGAUAGCGAAGGAGAAGGACAACCGUCAAAGCGCACACGAACUGAAAGUGUGGGUGCCGAAGAUCAGCCCCUUGAAUUUACCGAGGAAGAUAUGGAAUAUCAACUGGCAGCCAUGGGUGAAGACUACGGAUUGGACCCUGGGGAAUACGGCGAUGCGGGAGAAGAAGAAUGGGAAGAGGGCGCAGAAGGCCUUCCAUUGACCGAGGCUGAUGCCGAAGCACUCUUCCGGGACUUGCUGGAUGACUUCCAAAUCAACCCAUUCACGACGUGGGAAAAUGUCAUCGAAGAAGGCCGUAUCAUUGAUGAUACCCGGUAUACUGCACCCUCGAACAUGAAAGCUCGACGUGAAAUAUUCGCCAAUUGGACCAGGGAUCGAAUCCAAUAUGUGAGGGAUCAAAAAGCGAAGCAAGAAAAGACAGAUCCCCGUAUCAAGUACCUGGAAUUCCUGCAAGAACAUGCCACCCCUAAACUUUACUGGCCUGAGUUUAAACGCAAAUACCGCAAGGAGCCUGAGAUGAAAGACUCUCAGCUUGGAGAUAAAGAUCGCGAGAAGCUUUACCGUGACCACAUCUCCCGAUUGAAACAACCUGAAAGCACUCGCAAGUCAGAUCUUUCAGCCUUACUAAAAUCUGUUCCGUUGGAUUUGUUGAAUAGAUCUUCCAACCUAGAAGCUCUGCCAACAGUGAUCAUCACCGAUAUUCGAUAUAUCGGGCUUUCACUCAAAGUGCGCAACCAGUUGAUUGAGGCAUACAUAUCUACUUUACCUCCGGCGCCAGAGGUACAAAGGUCGGCUGAGGAGUUAAAGGAACUUGACCGCAAGCGCGUCGAACGCGAGAAGCGCGAAAAAGCACUGGCGGAUCGAGAAAAACGGGUGGAAGAAGAGAAGCGGAGGCAACGAGGAGAUCUUAUGCGCGGCAAGACUCUCCUGCGUGAAGGCGAGGUCGAAGUUGAAGAGGCAAUGAGAAUCAAUAAGGACGGCCUACGAAGUUAUAUGGAGGUUGAUCAGGUGGAAGAUGAGGAACAGAAGCCAAGCCAAUAG